GCCGCCCGCUCCCAUUGGCCGGCCGCUCCCCCCUCACCCCACAAUCGCAUGCCUCGUAGCUCGAGCGCUCGCCGAACGGUUUAUUCGUCCGCAGAUCGCUAACAGAACCACACGGCUCCCAACAGCGAAUACGCGGAGCGAAAACACAAGUUUUGUGAAUUAAAAAAGAAAGUUUUAUUGCGUUGAAUGUUCUUAUAUUAAUCAGAAUGUCGACUCUGCUCGAAGUUUGCGGACCCCUCUCGCCGCCGUCAACGCCGCCGUUGAUGGAAAACAAAGUCGAGUUACCUUACAAGAAGGCUGCAGUGAAACGCGCUCGGGAGUCGUCACCGCCCGCCGGGCUGGUCACUCCUCAGCCCUCUGACUCUGAGGGCGAGGAUGACUUCGGCAAGAGGUCCCGGUGCGAGCUGGCACGACUCCUGCUGACGACGCCGCCGCCAGAGCCAUGUUGCCGGCCCUCAGUUAUCAUGCGCGCGCACAAGGACGGCACUUGCAGCCCCGAGCCGCUCGUGCCUCCUCCACCCCAAGACAUGAACAUGAACAUCCUCAAAACGCUCAAGUUCAAAAUGAACAGAGGACACAGUUACUCACAAACCAAAUAUAUGUCGCAAGCUCAAGUUGUGCCACCGAUCACGGUGGAACCGCCGAGCCCACCCCCGAAGGUGGAGGAGGCCCGCGUGCCCUCUCCGCACGCGGAGUGCGCGGUCAGCGCCGUGCGGGGCGAGCGCGCGGCGCCGGGCUGGGUGCCGCUGGCGCCGCGCCCCGCGCCCGCCGUGCUGGUGCCCGGCACGCUGCUGCCCACCACCGCGCUGUGGCUGGUGGCGCCCGCGCCCGCCGCGCGCCGCCGUCUCUACGAGUGCGCCUAUCCCGGAUGCGGGAAAAACUACUUUAAGUCAUCCCACCUAAAAGCUCACGCUAGAACCCACACUGGGGAGCGACCAUUCCGGUGCGCGUGGGACGGCUGCGAACGCCGGUUCUCCCGCUCUGAUGAACUAUCCCGGCACAAGCGCACACACACUGGGGAGAAGAAGUUUGGGUGUCGCGUGUGUAACCGCCGCUUCAUGCGCUCCGACCACCUCGCCAAGCACGUUAAGAGACACGCCAAGGAGCGCGUGCCGCCCGCGCCCGUGCUCAAGCUGCUGCCAUCACCGCCGCUCGCCAUCCCCGUGCAGGCGCCCGUCGCGCUGGCGCAGUAACCCUGCCCGCGACACCUCGACUGUGAUCCAGAUCUCAUGAUCGUUACCUAGUUGUAGUUUUACUCAUCUCUAAGACUGUCCUAUGUCUACUUAAGUAGCGUCUAGAUGUAAGAAUAUGUUAUUGUUAGAGACGUUAAGCUUCCAAAAGAUUAAACACAAUGUUUUAUACUA